AUGUCGCAUCUUCACGUCGUACGCCCUCUGCGGCCAAUAUCGCUGCACCGAACUGCGCCUCUGCAAUCAUGCUCACUCACAGGACGCUCACUUACCUUCCGAGUGCAAAUUUCUGUCCGUGGCAAGUCGACGAAGGCAAACCCGGCGAAGCACGCCGCUAAAGCCACUGCGUCUGCGGCUGCACCUGCACCGGCAGUGCAUGGCUCGGGGAAAGUAACGGAGCUCGAGAAGCAGACGCUGCCAUGGGCGGACUACCUUACCAUCCGCAAGAAGAAGCGAAGAUGGGAGACGGCAAUGACGAUACCGUUCACGAUCGGCGGUUUCGCCGGGGGUGUAGCGUACUUUGGGAACCUCGAGAUGGACCCAACGAAGCCCAUUUUUAACGUCGACCCGAUGAUCGUCUAUGGCUUCUCAACCCUUGCGUGUGCAGGCCUGGGGUACCUCAUCGGUCCCAUUGUCGGCUCGAUGAUCUGGCGCAUGACGCAUCGGCGGACAAUGUCGCUCAUCGAGGCGCGCGACCGCGAGUUCCACCAGCACAUCGUGAAGAACCGCGUUGACCCCACGGCGCAGAGCGCGACCAACCCUGUGCCGGACUUUUACGGCGAGAAGAUCGGCUCGUUGCACGACUAUAGACAGUGGCUGAGGGACCAGGCGAGGUACAAGCGAAAAGCAUAUCUACCCGAGGAUGUAGAGACGCAUUAAGUGCAUGUGCACUUGCAAUAUCGUAAUGUUUGUUCUGCUCGUCGUUUGCUCUUAAUUGCAUGAUUCCUCCUCUC